AUGGAUGAAGUAGUCCCCCCAAUGGAGGGAGAAGCCGCCCCAGUGGAGGGAGAAGCCGCCCCAGUGGAGGGAGAAGCAGCCCCAAUGGAGGGAGAAGCCGCCCCAAUGGAGGGAGAAGCAGCCCCAAUGGAGGGAGAAGCAGCCCAAGUGGAGGGAGAAGCCGCCUCAGUGGAGAAAGCUUCCCCGGACUCGGAACCACCGCUUCCUGGCAGGUACGACCAUCUGUCCAGAGAAGUGCAGGAGUACUACGUGGGCGUGCCGUACAGCUGGGAAUACGUGGAGGGCAGCAGGGGGUGGUUCAUCAUCGAAACGAGCAAAGGGUAUAAAUUCUAUUUCAACAAGAAAACGAGCGAAAAGACGUGGAAGUGCCCAAAGGAGGUAGAAAUUCUGUUGAAGAAAAAGCAAAGCGAUCAGCCGGUUGGUGAAUCGGUGGAGAGAAGCCCCACAGGGGGUCGUCACCACGGCGUGAUCGGAAUUGACUCAGACGCAAGGAGCGCGACCUCAAGUGGUCUAACCAACGGAACGACGGGGGAAGGUAGCCAAGGGAAAAAAGGCAUGGAAAAGGGCUUCGAAAAAGGCAUGGAAAAAGGCUUCGAAAAAGGCAUCGAAAAAAGCAUGGAAAGAAUCCUCGAGGAUUAUAAAACCCUUCUCAUCGAAAAAAACAUGGACCAAUUCUGCAAAUAUGAAAACGUGUUGGCCCACCUCCUCUACGAUGAAAGAUAUCUGAGAGUACCAAAGGAACUGAGGAAGGAAUAUUUUAAUAAUCUGAUAAAAGAAAUUGAAAGUGACAGAAGAAGAGAGCUCAAAAUGCUAGUAGAGAAUUUCCAAUCUUUGCUGUGUAAGGUAGAAGGUCAAAUUAGGUACCCCUUUGAAGAGACAGACGCGAUAUCCAUUUUGAGGGGUGAAAAAGCAUUCCAAGGGAAUGGUACCAAAAAUUGGAAUAUUACAAGGAGCAAACUGUUAAAGGAAUUUUUACAAAAGAAAAAAAAAAACAUGGAAAGAGAAACGGAAGAAAAAUUGGAACAAGUUUUGUUUGAUGCCUUCAGAGGGGAAAGCCCAGGGAAGUGGAUUAAAAUAAAAAAUAAUUUACUACGAAGUAGCAAGUACGACAUUUUAUCCUUUGAGAAAAAAACACACAUAUUUCAAAGUGUCAGUCAGAAAUUGUUGGCUAAGCGGAAGGGAGAAAAUCGGCAUGCAGAUUCCCUCUCAGAUAUUAUGCGAUCAGCCUAUCGUGCCAACGCGAUAACUGACGAUAGAAACGUUUUUGUGAGUCUCCUGCAUGAGAAGCUAAAACACCCAGUUAUAGACGAAGCCAUUUUGAAACAUGACCCAUUUACGGCCAAAAUGUUCGACUCCUUUGAAGAGGCCGUGAAAAUUCCUGCUGACCUCAUAACAGACGAGAGGUACAGAAAUGUGCGCCUAACGGAUACAGAAAAAUUAAGCUUGUACAGAGAAUUUAUUAUAAGCUACAUAAAUAUAAAAAGAGACACAUUCGAAAAAAUGCUUCACGAAAUUCCAAUUAAUUAUAUGAACGACACUUUGGAAGACAUCAUAAAGCUGGUCGAUAAGAGUGACCGAAUUUUUAAGUCUUUACCACUAGUCCAUUUGGAAAAUGUUUUCUCAAAAUGGAGAACUUACAAAAUUAAGGAGGCCAAAAAAAUGUUUGCAGAUUUUUUGAAGAAGUCCAAUUGGGUUAAACACGACUCGGAUGAGCGUGGGAACUACGAUGCGCUCCUCAAAGUUCUGUCGCAGGACGUCAGCUACCAACGACUCAAGUGCGUGCCCGCGGACAGGGAAGAAAUGGUGAAGAAGCGCAUAAGGGAGUUAAAGGAAGAACACAAGAAGAACAAGAACUUAGCAGAAAGGCUGAACCGUUGA